UCCAAUUCUCUUCUCAUAUCCACACACCUCUGUUUCUCAUACAGAGAGAGUGAGGAGAGAGAGAGAAGGGGGACAAUGUUGGUUGGGUGGAAGUGGGAAGAAGAUUAGUGGAGAGUAGGAGGAUGAGUUUGCUAUGCAUUCCAUGGCCUGUCAUUCUGCUCCUUAUUAUGCUUUUUCUCCAUCACCACACACAGGUUGUUCUUCCAUUUCCAACAAAAACAGCACAAAAACACUUAAAUCUUCAAAGCCAUCCCCACCUCUUCUACUUUCUUCACUCAGUACCAACCCCUCCUACAAUACCUUUGUAUUCCAGGCUGCAAGGCUUUUGGGUCCUCCAGCAAGGUUUGAAGCUUCGAAGCUGAAAGUUGUAUUGAUGGAAAAAGAGACUGAUAAUUACAAAGAAAUCGUGCCACGGACCUACACCCUCUCCCACUGUGACCUAACAGCUAACCUAACCUUAACCAUCUCAAAUGUUAUCAAACUUGAUCAGUUGAAAGGCUGGUACAGCAAAGAUGAUGUCGUUGCUGAGUGGAAGGAAGUGAAAGGGGAUACAUAUUUAGACGUCCAUUGUUAUGUGAGCGGGCCUAAUCUCUUACUAGACCCUGCUGCAGAGUUUAGAUACCACAUAUUCUCAAAGGAGUUGCCAUUGGUUCUUAAGGCUGUGAUGCAUGGAGAUUCUCUGCUUUUCACUGAGCAUCAAGAAUUAUUAGAUGCAUUUGUUCGAGUUUACUUCCAUUCCAGUUUGAAGAAAUACAACCGCGUGGAAUGUUGGGGCCCACUUAAGGAUGCUGCACAGGGAAGACGAGGAGAUCAAAUCAGCGGUUUGUUAAAUUUGGGUACAGAAGAUUCACAUCCUCCUAAAAUUUGGGGGAGUCCCAAGUCCAUCUUCCAGGCUCUCUUUGCUUUCCUUCUUUGAUUUGUGUAGCAAGGGCAAACUGGUAAGCUCCUUUUGAAGGGUUUGGAACUAUAAGAGCUUCCAUGGAAAACUGGGAGGGUAUUUGUGAUGACUUCAAAAUCCAACAUGUAGAGUUGUGUAGACAAAGAUUGUUUUCAGGGUCAUAUAUAUGAUUCUUUUGUACUUGACACAAUUCUUUCAAAUGGAAACCUCAAUUGAUCACAAUUCUUGGUAAACCAAGACUAUUUGUUCAUUCAUCAAUCAAUGGCUGAUCUUCAUGUUGCGUUCUUUUGAUUCA